AUGGUUAAAGAAUGCCCAAAUACCAAAUGCUUUAAGUGCAACGGACAUGGCCACAUUGCCAAAAACUGCAACAGAGAAAGAACACUUAAACGUAGUUGUGAACUGUGCUCUCUACCUAUUGGUAGCUGCAGCUGUGUUCUAGACGAGGAAGACAACGGUCAGUACAGCAUGUCAGAGGAGUCGGAGCUAGAAAAGGAACUAGCCUCUGAAAGGUCAUGGGAUGAAGAUAAUGAUGAUUCAUCUGUUGAGAACUUUGAACCUCAAGAAAAGAAAAAGAACAAAGAUGGACCAAUAGAGGAAAAAGGAGAAGAAAAUGAAGAGGAAAAACUUGAUGAAGCCUCUGAAAUUCCCUGUACAAAUAACAGUGUUGGAGAUUACAUGGAGAGUGAGGAUAAGACAAUAAGACAGUCGUUUCCUCAAGAUGGACAUGAAAAUAUAACACCUUCUAAAUGGAACAAAUCUUCGAAGAAAAGAGGAAGAAGAAAUAAACUACAACCCAAGAUCACAGACUGUGUACUUAAGAACAAUGAUUUAAAAAAUAAAUUGAGAGAAAGUAAAAAAGAUGACCAAAAGAAGAAGAAAGAAGAAAAGGUUAAUGAUCGACGAGAAAUAUCUGGCGUGUCUGAGAAUGGUGUAUAA